AUGUCUGCAAUCCGUGCACUUCGACAGGUGUCUCUCUCUUCCAGCAGGCUCGCGGUGCGCAGCGCCCCUCGCACGCUCUGCCGCGCCGCGCUCGCACAGCGCGCUGCCCCUCUCUUCUCAGCGCGGGCCUUCUCGGUCACUGCCCGCGCGUGGGGCGAGGGUACGACGGACGCGACGCUCUCGCAAAAGCUCACGGAGGAGCUCCAGUACGAGAAGCAGGCGGCGGAGGACAACCCCCAGCCCCGGCUCGUGAAGGAGCUGAAGGAAGAGGGGAUCUGGGCGAUUGAGGACGUCGCGGGCAACGACGAGGUCGCGCUGACGCGCAAGUUCGGGAACGAGACCAUUCGCCUGAUGUUCUCCAUCGCGGACAUCCAGGGCGAGGAGGAGAGCCAGUUCACCGAGAACCAGGAGAGCCAGGAGGAGGAGGCGGAAGAGGACGAGCCGCAGCACGCGUACCCCAUCCGGUGCUCGUUCUCCCUCACCAAGUCUGGCGUGGAGGGCGCGUUGACGGUCGAUGCGAUGUGCCAGGAGGGCGCGUUCGUCGUCGACAAUAUCUCGUUUUAUAGCAAUACGAAGGUCGGCACCGAGCUGACGGCGGAGGCGGACUGGAAGCGCCGCGGGCUGUAUAUCGGUCCUCAGUUCGACACGCUGGAUGUCAACGUGCAGGAGGAGUUCGAGAAGUUCCUGCAGGAGCGGGGGAUCAACGAGAACCUCGCGUAUUUGGUGCCCGAGUACGCCGAGUUCAAGGAGCAGAAGGAGUACGUGCACUGGCUGCAGAACGUGAAGAAGUUCGUGGACGCUUAA